AGGGUGGAUGCAUUGGUGCUGGGUUCCUGUAAAGUGUACGUAGGAAAGAGAAAGAGGACAUCUCAGAAAAGGAAGGAAAAAAAAACGAAAUCCCCAGCCACCUCCAUCCAUGUGCCGCUUAUUAGCCUUCUCCUCCGGAUCACUCAUUUUUAGAAAGAAAAACGAGAAAAAAAAGGCAGAAUGUUGGAAGGAAAGGCAAUGAUCCAGGACACAGACAUGCCACUGAAGAUGCAGCUGCAAGCCAUGUCUUGUGCCUCUGUAGCUCUUGACCUCUUUGAUGUUCUUGACUGCAAGAGCAUAGCUGCUCACAUCAAGAAGGAGUUUGAUCUAAGUUAUGGACCUGGAUGGCAGUGCGUGGUGGGUUCCAACUUUGGUUGUUUCUUCACCCACACAAGGGGCACCUUCAUCUACUUCUGCCUGGAAACUCUCAACUUUCUCAUCUUCAAGGGAGCUGCUGCUGGUGGUAGUGGUGGUUAGUUAGGGUUGGAAGUUCAAAAGUAAUAAAGUUGUGAUCUCCUCCCUCAAGUCUCACAUGUUAUCUGUGGAAAUUUAGAUGUUGUUCCUGUACAAAUACUAGGCAAGGUUUCACUCUUCUUUUUCAGAUCCAACAAACUUCUUCCCAUGUUAUUGAAAGGCAUGCUUGUGCAAACAAACACCAACUGGGGAUAGAAGUGGCUUGUUCAUCACAUUUGCCUCCAGGUUUCCAAGGAUCAGAUCUGCCAUUGCAUAUAAAAAUUGGGAUUUUUAGGUUGCUUCCCAAUUUUACUACCUACUUUUGUAGAUAGCUUUGAAAUGUUUGAGAUAUUGAAUUUGAUCCUGCAAAAUGUCGAAGAAGUCGUUUUAAA